AUGGCAGAAGGGGAGAAGGUAGUAGUGCGCGCUCUAGGCGUUUGUUGGACGGCUGCCGCGAUGGAGGCCGCUGUAUACGAGCUUCUGCAACAUGUUUCGGCGUAUGUAGUCCACCCCGGUGAUUCGGUUGCCAAGUUCGUUGAAGCACCGCAAAGUGGGCAGUGUAGCGUUGCGUUGGGCGGUUUGCAACUUCUGCAACAACUUUUUCCAUACCUUUAUGAUGAGAAGAAGUAUCUUUGUGAGGUGAUAAUUAAGAACUGUGAGGUGCAUCAGGCUUCAAUCGGUGUAAUGUGUCGCGUGGACUUUGUGGCCUAUGUCGUGCUGCAUGCUUUCCACACCCUAGUGCGUGGGGUUCCUCUCCUUCCCCGGGGUGCUUCACUCCUGGACAGUUUCUCCUCCGUGAGCUGGGGUGAUGAUUUGCCGUGGACGCGGAAUGUGAACCCGACUGAGGUUCGCGAGUCCCAUUGGUGUCGAAACCUUCUGGGAGACUUUAUUAAAAAGCUUUCCGUCAUCGUCCACCCCGUGGAUCCACAGGAUCUGCUGGCUGAAGUCGCGUCGUCCGCUGGCUUGGUGGAAGUGGAAAGUUCCGGGGGUUGUGACACGCCGUUUGGAUUUCUCUCUAGUCUCUUGCUGCGUGAAUAUCUUCGGCGAACCUAUGCGUAUGACUCUUUUUCAUGUGGCUUUGAGGUAGCUGCACUGGCAGCUGAGUGUUUCGUGCGUGUUUACCCGCAUCUUAUGCUGUCCAGUCGGAGAGCCGGCGAACCCGGGAAGGAUGUUGUGACAUCCCUUCAUGGCCUAGUGGACCGUCUUCUUUGGAGGGUGUCGGACGAUGCUGGUAACAGACGUGUGCCUCAUGGAAGGGUGGGAUGCGUUAUUUCGGGUGUUGCGUUCGUCACAACUUUGCAUGCCGGUGGUGCAGGUCGAGAUUCAACCUUGGGGACUUGCUCGUUGUCUCCGUUCAAUGCCUUAGGGACUUUGCUGCGCGAAGACCGGCACGAUGGUGCUUUGCUUUUGGUUUCUCGCUUCCCCACUGUUUACGAGGGAGAAAAUAACCUUGGCAUCCGGCAUCUUCUUUCUGUUGUGAGAGGCGCGGAGGAGAAGUUGCUGGUCAUUGCUGUGGAGGGGAAGGUCUGUGGGGAGGUGUUGUACUACAUGGAAACAUUGGGAAACUGCAGCAGAACAGUGUUGGUUGCGGCUGCCGUUGGUCGUGCGACUAUGACUCAACUGGCCUUGACAUUUCGUACGCUCCCAAGGACGUUAGAGUCCCUUAAACUAUCUCCUGUCAAAUGCCGGCUCAAGAUGUGUGCACUUUCUAGCAGCAGCGACGGGCUCCGACGUCGCUGUGGUGGAGUGGAACCACAAUCAUUUCUCUUGUCCUUGGCCCCCUUAUAUACAGAAGCGUCCGGAAAUGACAGCAGAGUGAUGCGCAACAUCAUUAGUGUUUUUCUUGGUGGUCGUUGCGUGGUCGAAUCGGCGCUCGUCGAGUGCCUUUUUCAGCGGCAGCUGCAUCACUUGAUUAAUGUACUUUGUGCACCAACUCCGCAUAAUGCUAUGAUCCCGGCGGGUGGUACGUCGGAGGGGCUUGCUGUGAGUUACCUGAGCUACCUCACUGAUAAUUUCGAAGAUGAUGGAUCCUCUUUUGGCACCUUUAAGAUAGCUGUUAUUAAAGCAGUAAGAGAUGCAAUUAAUUCUUACAUGGAAUGUGUCCUUAGGAAAUCGGGAGGGCUGACAGCGGAUGAUGCAAUUGCACAUUUGGGUGCCUCGCAAGAGCGCUUCCAAAAUGUAGAAUGGGGAUCGGUGGAUCAAAGUGUGCGUGGUUGCUGCGUGACCGUUGUGCCGGGACACCAAGAGCCACAUUUUGGUCCCCUUUACAGAGUUACCAUUCCCACCCCUCCCCUGUUUAGUGCAUUUGAGGCAUCGUGGCCCGUGAGCGUCAGCGUAAAAUCCAAUCAUUUACUGGCUGAUAUCAGGGAGUGGGAGGGACGAGUGGAGGUUGCCAGUGCUUACAUCUGCAUCGGAAGGUGCCUGGAUACGCUGUGCCUUUCAGGUGUGGUGGGUAAACGUUCCAACGUAGGGGAGGGAAAGAACUCUGAGGGUGCGUCCGAUUUUUUUUUCUUCCCUUCUGUUGUUUGA